AUGGAGAGAAAACAAAGCUUUUUUUCGGCUUUGAAGCAAGAGGUGGUGAGGGGUUUGUCGCCGGGAAGGUCCAGGGGGAGGAGCCCAUCUCUCGGUUCGGGACUGCUUCGGAGGAGGAAAUCCGGGCACGUGGCGCAACCUGAGCCGUCGGUUUGGAGGUCCGGGAGUUUGAGGCCAGCGGCGGAGACUUUGACGCCGUUGAAGGAGGGUCCGGAUCCGGAUGGAACUGACGGCCGUGAUUCGAAAAUGGAGAGGUGGGGCCACUGGAUGAAAGGCCAACUUAUUCGGGCACCGUCAGAGUCGAUCUACCAACGGUCCGAUCUGAGGUUGCUGCUUGGUGUUCUGGGUGCGCCGUUGGCUCCGGUGCACGUUAGCACCAAUGACCCUUUGCCUCAUCUCAGUGGUGGUAGGAGUGCUAUAAAUAUGGAGAGAAAACAAAGCUUUUUUUCGGCUUUGAAGCAAGAGGUGGUGAGGGGUUUGUCGCCGGGAAGGUCCAGGGGGAGGAGCCCAUCUCUCGGUUCGGGACUGCUUCGGAGGAGGAAAUCCGGGCACGUGGCGCAACCUGAGCCGUCGGUUUGGAGGUCCGGGAGUUUGAGGCCAGCGGCGGAGACUUUGACGCCGUUGAAGGAGGGUCCGGAUCCGGAUGGAACUGACGGCCGUGAUUCGAAAAUGGAGAGGUGGGGCCACUGGAUGAAAGGCCAACUUAUUCGGGCACCGUCAGAGUCGAUCUACCAACGGUCCGAUCUGAGGUUGCUGCUUGGUGUUCUGGGUGCGCCGUUGGCUCCGGUGCACGUUAGCACCAAUGACCCUUUGCCUCAUCUCAGUAUCAAAAACACUCCCAUUGAAAAUUCAUCUGCUCAGUACAUAUUGCAGCAGUACAUGGCAGCAUCAGGUGGACAGAAACUCCAAAACUCAAUUCGAAAUGCCUAUGCGCUGGGAAAGGUCAAAAUGUUAGCUUCUGAUAUUGAGACGGCUACAAAGGUCAUAAAGAGCAGGAAUUCCUCCAAAGCAGCCGAACCGGGUGGCUUUGUGCUCUGGCAGAUGAAUCCAGACAUGUGGUAUGUUGAGCUUGCGCUUGGUGGCAGCAAGGUCCAUGCUGGUUGCAAUGGGAAGCUAGUCUGGAGGCACACACCAUGGCUUGGCACGCAUGCCACGAAAGGGCCUGUUAGACCCUUACGAAGGGCACUUCAGGGUCUUGAUCCCAGGACCACCGCAAACAUGUUCAGCAAUGCAAAAUGCACUGGGGAAAAGAAGAUCAAUGGAGAGGAUUGUUUCAUUCUCAAGCUUUGUGCUGAUCCACACACACUAAAAGCUAGGAGUGAAGGGCCAGCAGAGAUCAUAAGGCAUGUGAUGUUCGGUUAUUUUAGCCAGAAAUCAGGACUCCUUAUUCAUUUGGAAGACUCCCAUUUAACGCGUAUUCAAACCAAUGGAGGCGAUGCUGUUUACUGGGAGACCACAAUCAAUUCAUUUCUUGAUGAUUACAGACCAGUUGAGGGGAUCAUGAUUGCUCACUCUGGUCGAUCAGUGGUGACACUUUUCAGAUUUGGAGAAACAGCAAUGAGUCACACCAAGACCAGGAUGGAAGAAGCAUGGACAAUUGAGGAAGUGGCAUUCAACGUUCCGGGCUUAUCAGUAGAAUGUUUCAUUCCUCCUGCUGAAAUAAGAUUUGGUUCUAUCAGUGAAACAUGUGAGCUCCCUCAAGGGGAGAGGGUAAACUCUGCUGUGGCAGCUCAUCGAGCCAAAGUCGCAGCUCUAGAGAAAUCACAUGACAGCAAUGUCGAUGGUAUCAUUUUGAAAAUGGAUAUUUAAGAAAGGAGUAGAGUUCGGUGCAAAUUUUCACACUGAUAGACUAGCUUCUUGGUAUGAAUAGCCUGACAAACUUGGUUCAUAUUAGUGAGGUAGGAUGUCACUCGGUCGAGACAUUUUGAAGAUCUUGGAUGUGUAAAUAUUCACAUGAUGUCUCGGGUGCCUGACCAAAUAUUUAAGUACUUUAACAGAGUUGGGGUGUGUUCUUGGAGGAUGCCUAGCUAAUUGAGGUUUGUUUUCCCCUAAAUUGUCAUUCAUCCAUAAAUUUAGUGUAACUAUGGCCCCGAGACUCACUCUUGUAAAGUUGCUUAAGUGAAGACCUGCAACUCUGACUACCGAGGAUUUUACUUUUUGUUUUUGAAAAAUUCCCAUGAAAAGGAAUAGAAGAAUUCUCACACCGACCUUCAAAUGAAA